CUUCCUUCCAAUACCUCCGCCCUUUUUCCAUUCGCCCUGCGUCAGACGGCCACGCCGAAUUCCUCCUCAACAGUUACUAAGAUUUUUCCACCCAACGCAAUGGCAAACCUUCUCAGCGUACUAGAUAGUCUCUUGCACAUACCUGAGGAUGAGAUUUUACCUGCAGGCACCGACCUCACCCCGUACUAUCGACCCUGGGGAUUCACCAUUUACCGGACUGCUUAUGGACCUUCUUCCGGCCGGCACUGGCAGGCGCUCCUCGAUGACAUCCGGGCUGAUGUAGUCGAGCAAGUGACCGGCCCAGAUGGGACGCGCCAAGCCGAUCCCGUCGCCCAGCAAGUAUUAUCACUUUUUCGCUUGGACAUACGGUCCGAUGCCGAGACCCUCGACGGUCUCGACAUGGAGCACAUCCGAAGAAUAUACAAAGACGAAAUUGGGGGCCAGCCGAUGAAUGCAAAUCACCGAGAGCGGAGGUAUUUUCUGCUGGUCGAUGAGGGUGUCAUCGAAGAGCACCGAGCCAAGGCAAAAACACCGGCGUAUAAGCCAUGGAUUAAGUGUGUCGAGGUGGACUACGUUGCAAGUGAUUACGUUCCUAGGAAUGCCAGGCUAGGUGGACAGCGAUACUUUGGGUGGAUGAAGAUGACGACAACGAGUGUGCCCCAGUUAUGGAGCAUGUUGGGGUUGAAGUGGCUUUCAGAGAUCACACCAGCGACUACUGUAGGAGCAGAGAUGGAAGUCUGGGACGAGCAAGGAGAUUUCUUCUAA